AUGCCCGACAAGCAACUCCACCUGACGGCGUUUAUGCGCCCCGUAAGCCUGCACACGGGCGCCUGGCGAUAUCCCAACUCGUACCCCGACGCAAACUUCAACCUGGCGCACCUGAAAUCCUUCAUCCAGAAGCUUGAGGCCGCGAAAUUCGACGCGUUUUUCAUGGCCGACCACCUCGCCGUCCUUAACAUGCCCGUCGAGGCUCUCAGGCGGAGCCACACGGUUACCUCUUUUGAACCGUUUACUCUUUUAUCAGCGCUGUCGCAGGUAACAGACAAGAUUGGCCUUGCAGCAACAGCCUCGACGACAUAUGACGAGCCAUACCACAUCGCACGGCGCUUCGCGUCACUGGACCACUUGAGCGGCGGCCGCGCGGCAUGGAACAUCGUGACAACCGGCAACCCAGAGUCCUCCAAGAACUUUGGUAAAGACGAGCACCUGCAGCACAGCGACCGGUACAAGCGCGCGCGGGAAUUCUACGACGUCGUCACGGGGCUCUGGGACAGUUUUGCUGAUGACGCAUUCAUCCGGGACACCGAGAGCGGAAUCUUUUUCGACCCCGAGAAAAUGCACGUUCUCAACCACAAGGGCGAUGAUUUGUCUGUUCGGGGUCCGCUAAACAUUGCGCGCCCUGUGCAAGGGUGGCCUGUUAUCGUGCAGGCCGGACAGUCGGAGCCGGGAAGGCAGCUUGCGGCGGAGACGGCCGAGGCGGUGUUUUGCUCCCCGCGGGAUCUGCAGGCGGCCAAGGCGCUGUAUGCGGAUAUUAAGGGGCGGGCAGAGGCUGUGGGACGGAAGAGGGAGCACUUGAAGAUUCUACCUGCGGCGCUGAUUAUCGUUGGGGAGACAGUGGAGGAGGCGAGGGCGAAGCGGCUUGCCGUGGAUAGUCUAGUGCACUAUGACAGCGCGAUUGCGUCGCUGUCUGUUGCGCUGGGGACGGAUGCGUCCGGGUUCGAUCCCGAUGGGCCGCUUCCCCACGAUCUCCCGGAGACGAAUGCGAGCCAUACGAGUCGGGCGGGGGUGUUGAAGCUGGCAGAGGACGAGGGAUUGACGGUGCGGCAGCUGGCGCAGCGGUAUGGCGGGUACUCGGGGCUGGCGUUUGUGGGGACGGCGGAGGGGAUUGCGGAGGAGAUGGAGACGUGGUUGAGGGAGGAGGGGUCAGACGGGUUCACGGUGGUUUUCCCCUUUCUGCCGCAGGGGCUGGACGAUGUGACGCAGAAGCUGGUGCCCGAGUUGCAGCGCAGGGGCAUCUUUAGGCAAGAGUAUACCGGGUCGACGCUGCGGGAGCAUCUGGGGCUGCCCAGGCCGGCCAAUCGGUUCUUUGAGUGA